AAUGAGCCCCGGGUGGGUGGGGCGAGGCAUGCAGAUGAGGGUCCUGGAGGCGGGGCCUUUGUGUGCAAAUUUGGACCCUGGGCGGGGUUAAGGCAUAUGUGCCCCAACGUGAGCAAAGUUCCUGCCCCCUUGCACGAGGAUUCCUCUCGCGCUCCCACACAACCUGGAAUAAUCCAGGCCUACCUUGCAGGAUUGUUGUUCCUGGACAUAACUGGAGAGCUUGUAGUGCUCAUAAAUCCCUCUUUGAAGCUGAUCAGCAGUCCGCUUUGUGCUCUGGAUGUGGUCACAGCAGUAGUGGAAAGAGGGGAAGCAGCAGCUGUGAGGAUUCAUCUGUGGGGCCUGGGGGAGAGCUGAAGGACUCUCAUCAAGAUGUUCCUCCGGCUGCUGUCAGAUGUCCGGUGGCAAAGAGCCAGGCCAAGAUGGAGGAGCAUGACCAGCUCCCGGCACAGUAGUACAGGUGGAGCAGAACCUCACCUGACCCCUCUGCCAGCACACGCCCAGGUGGUUAUCUGUGGGGGUGGAAUCAUGGGUACAUCAGUGGCAUAUCACCUCUCCAAACUAGGGUGGAAGGACAUCGUCUUACUGGAGCAGGGCAGGCUAGCAGCUGGCUCCACAAGAUUUUGCGCAGGCGUUGUCAGCACAGUGCGGCACCUGUCCAUCGAGCUGAAGAUGGCCGACUACUCAAACAAGCUGUAUCAGCAACUCGAGCAAGAGACUGGGAUAAAGACUGGAUAUGUGAGGACUGGCUCUAUCUCAUUAGCUCAGACUCAGGACCGGCUGAUUUCCCUGAAGCGCAUAGCCUCGCGGCUCAAGGUCAUGGGGAUCCCAUGUGAGCUCAUCUCGCCAAAGAGAGUGGCAGAGCUCCACCCGCUUAUCAACAUCCAUGACUUGGUGGGGGCCAUGUACGUCCCAGAGGAUGCUGUCGUGUCAUCUGCUGACGUGAGCCUCGCUUUGGCCAGUGCUGCAUCUUUGAAUGGUGUCCAGAUCCACGAGCGAACAAGCGUUAUCCAUGUCUUAGGCCAGAAGGGCUGUGUGGCUGGAGUGGAGACCGACAGAGGACUGAUUGAGUGCCAGUAUUUUGUGAACUGUGCUGGGCAGUGGGCUUACGAGCUGGGUCUUUCCAACGAGCAGCCGGUCAGCAUCCCGCUGCAUGCGUGUGAGCACUUCUACCUCCUGACCCGUCCCUUGAAGACGCCGCUGGAGAGCAGCACACCAACCAUCGUGGACCCCGAUGGGAGGAUCUACAUUCGCAGCUGGCAGGGGGGCAUACUUUCAGGUGGCUUUGAGAAGAAUCCCAAGCCGAUCUUCACGGAGGGCCGGAACCAGCUGGAGAUCCAGAACUUGCAGGAGGACUGGGAUCACUUUGAGCCACUUCUCAGUGCCCUUCUGCGGAGGAUGCCAAACCUGGAGGCCCUGGAGAUCGUGCAGCUGGUGAAUUGCCCAGAGUCCUUCACUCCAGACUUGCGGUGUAUCAUGGGAGAGUCCCCGACUAUACAGGGCUACUUUGUCUUGGUGGGAAUGAACUCGGCUGGCACGUCUUUUGGUGGGGGAGCAGGCAAGUACCUGGCGGAGUGGAUGGUGAAUGGCUACCCCUCUGAUAACGUCUGGCCCCUGGACCUGAAGCGCUUUGGAGCUCUACAGAGCAGCCGCACGUUCCUCCGUCAUCGCGUCAUGGAAGUGAUGCCCCUGAUCUAUGACCUGAAAGUUCCCCGCUGGGAUUUCCAGACCGGCAGGCAACUACGCACAUCACCCCUCUAUGACCGGCUCGACGCACAAGGAGCUAGGUGGAUGGAGAAGCAUGGUUUUGAGAGGGCGAAGUACUUUGUGCCGCCUGGGAAAGACUUGCUGGACCUAGAUCAGAGCAAGACCUUCUACAAGCCAGACUGGUUUGACAUUGUGGGGGCAGAGGUCAAGUGCUGCAAGGAGGCGGUGUGUGUCAUCGACAUGUCUUCGUUCACCAAGUUUGAAAUAAGUUCCACGGGGGAUCAGGCGCUGGAAGUCCUGCAGUAUCUGUUCUCCAAUGACCUGGACGUUCCAGUGGGGCACAUUGUGCACACAGGGAUGCUCAAUCACAACGGAGGCUACGAGAACGACUGCAGCAUAGUCCGCUUAAACAAACGCAGCUUCUUCAUGAUUUCCCCCACAGACCAGCAAGUCCACUGCUGGGCCUGGUUGAAGAAGCACAUGCCUGAUGACAGCAACCUGCUCUUGGAAGAUGUAACCUGGAAGUACACAGCUUUGAAUCUGAUUGGGCCACGUGCUGUGGAUGUCCUGUCAGAGCUGUCCUAUGCGCCAAUGACCCCAGAGCACUUUCCCUCCCUCUUUUGCAAGGAGAUGAGCGUGGGCUAUGCCAACGGCAUCCGCGUCAUGAGCAUGACACACACUGGAGAACCGGGAUUUAUGCUCUACAUCCCCAUUGAGUAUGCUCUGCAUGUGUACAACGAGGUGAUGAGUGUGGGGCAGAAAUACGGGAUCCGGAAUUCUGGCUAUUACGCCCUCCGCAGCUUGCGCAUCGAGAAGUUCUUUGCCUUCUGGGGCCAAGAUCUGGAUGCUUUCACCACCCCACUGGAAUGUGGGCGCGAGUUUCGGGUUAAACUAGAGAAGGGCACUGACUUCGUUGGGCGGGAGACGCUGAUGCAUCAGAAGCAGGAAGGGGUCUACAAGCGCUUCACCAUGUUCAUUCUUGAAGACCACGACACAGACCUGGACCUGUGGCCCUGGUGGGGGGAGCCCAUCUACCGGAACGGCCACUUCGCUGGCAAGACCACCAGCAGCGCCUACAGCUACACCUUGGAGCGGCACGUCUGCCUGGGCUUUGUCCAGAACCUGGACCCAGAAACCGGCGAGGAGCAUCUGGUGACGCCUGACUUUGUCAACCGGGGCGAAUAUGAGGUUGAUAUUGCAGGGCAGCGCUUCCAGGCCAAGGCCAAGCUGUACCCCUUCAGCUCCCUUUUCACGCCACGCCGGCGCAAGGAGGAGAUGGAGUUCAGUGGUUUCCACGGGAAGUAGUGCCACACGGAGGCACUGCAGCACCAGACUUUUCCACUGCUGCUCAUUGGACUUUGUAUAGUCUCUCUGUCUGUCACAUUUUGUACAUCUUAAAAAAAAAUAUUCUUUUCUGCCCUUACAUACAGACAUAUGCUCCAGGCCAAAAGGGCUCUGUGGGAUGGUGAGCCAGCCUCUGCUUGUUGGAUAAGUGAGACUCACAUACCCUGGGAACACCCUCUGGCUGGUGAGCGGCCUUGGCCUUGGAAUCUCUCCUCUUGGAUGGCAUUUAAUAUCACCCCAGGGCCAGUGAGGUUUCUGUGCACAAAUAUCCAGGCUCUUUGCACCUGCAACAUUGUAAGGAAAUCACCAGCUUUUCUCCAUGUUAGGAGAGCAAUCUGCGAGCCCAGUGCAGGGUCAGUGUCCUCCUGCAGAAAAUCUGAAGUCCCUGGAAUGGACUGAUGGGAGGCUGGGAUGCCUAGGCAGGCUCUGCGACUCCUCUGUGUCGGUCGGUUGCGCUAUUGAGGUAAUGGCUUUGGGGUUUGCGAUGUUGCAGAAUCCCCUUCUUCUGUUUCCCCCCCCCUUUUGUUUGUGUUCACUCUGGGGUUGGUUGUGCAAUAUGUGGCUUUUGAAGACUCACUGCAGCGCUUUGGGGCUGAGCAGCCUUUAGUCAGUGCACCUCUACGUGCUUGGAAGGUGGGGCUGAGGGCCUGCUGCUGGGGCGGUAGCUGUAGUCUGUGUCGCCUUAGCAAGGCGGAGCCACAGGUCAUGCCUUGCCUUCCUUUCGGCGUUCCCACCCCCAGUCCAGAUCCAGGGGGGCGGGGUAGGUGGUUACCUUUGCCCAGCCCCAGAAUGUCUGCUUGUUCCCAGCAUGAACCUCUGCUGCAGCCGCUGAGAAGCGGAUUCAGAUGCUUUCUUUUGUGAGGAGGACUGUUCCAUCUCAGGAUCCAGGGAGUGCUUGUUUGGGGUCAGGUGGAGGGAAGACCUCCAGCCUCGUCACUGUCAUCUAAAUGAUUUGAGGCUGAGGUUCCUUUUAAGCCAAGUGAUUCUGCCUCAAAGGUGAUUCCAUCCCAAAGAGCAUGCUGUCUGGCCACACACAGCUAAGCACGUGUUAGUCAUUACCAACAAUAAAAAUGAAACUAGGUUGAGGAGAAAGGCAACACAUCCGUGCCUUGCAAAUUCUCCUAGUGAGCCAGAUCGGUGGAAUUUAAUCCCUUUCUUCUAUUUGAAAAACCAUUUAAACUAGCUCCCAGAGGCUGCUUUGUGCCCUUCCAUCUCUCUGGGUUACUCAAUGUACAUGAUGUUACUGAGCGUUAUCCAUAUAAUAUUUUUGGUGCUGCUGUCUUUCCGUAGAGGGAAGCGCCCAAGGCCUCUGCUCUCUUACACUCCAGUGUAGUCAAUCAGCGAAAAGACUGGCAAGAGGCUCCUCUGCAAAGCUGCCUCUGGAAGGCGAGGUGGGGGGAGUGGGUGCGUAGCAUGUAUGCACAGGCCUUGGGGCCGCUGGAAACCGCUUGCCUCAGAGGCAGAGUUAAGCAUUGCCCGCUCCAGGGCUCAGUUGCUGGGAGAGGAAACUAAGAGGCUGGAUUUCCAGGCCUCUCGUGCAGGACCCCCAAAAGCUGGAGCAUGGACUGUGAAGCCCCCAGCAUCUGCCCCAGGAACUGUCGUAGGUGCAACUGAGGCCAGUUGGACCAAAGACCUGGUCCCUUCUUGGUCUUCUGUUGUGCUUCUAAUGCUUCCCAUCCCAUCAGAAGUUGGGCAAGCAGUUUUCACAGCGAGGUUAAAAGUGAUGUGAAAGAGAGGUUGCUACUCGUGGUGUGUAUUCUGCUCCCAUUUUGCCUUUUGAUUAAAGCGGUUUUCAGGGCAUUUUUUUAACCAUUUCCUAAACCUGCAAAAGUCAUGAAGCCUCUGCUUACAUCACUUUCAACUCUUGUAGACGAAAAGGGUAGUUGUUAAAUCUGCAGUCUGAUGCACAUAAAUCAUACAGGGGCCUUCUUACAUCCAGCAAUCUUUGCACAAAAGACGCAAGCUUUGCAGGGUUAGGGUUUAAGGCAGGUACACAGAGCAGAGCGCCUUGAGUGCUUGCUCCUGCAUGUGAAGGCCGCCUUUGCAAUACCUCCGGGGUGGGGUGGUUGUUUUGUUGCCAAGUCUCCAUCCAGAGCUGCUGCCACAAUCCUGCAGAGUUUGGGACUCAAGUGCACAUGCUGUGCACCUCCUGCCUUUUCCAAAAUAAUCUUUUAGGGGAUUAAUUAACUAUUAUCCCCUGCCUCUGGUUUCCUCCUCCUCCCAGAAUCACUCCUGCAAGAGACACUCAUUUUUUAUUCUCAGAUGCACUUUAAAUAUGUGUGUAGAUUUUCCCAGCCCUCCAUGAUCAUCCAUUCCUUCAGGGAAUCAACUCCAAAACUAGUGAAGGUUUUUAUUUUUUUAGCAUUAUGUUUAAAUUAAGAGCUCUUGCCAGUAUCUCUUCUGUGGAGUAGACACUAGAGAUCUGAAGGUGAGCAAACCUCCCCUUCACUUUGGAGUGCCUUAUGCUCAUGUUACCUAAUGGAGGAAGCUGAGUUGGUCCUCAGCUCCAUCCUGUCUCCAAGACUCACCUUUGCUGCUUGGCCAUGGCAGGGCGCUGGCAGGAUCCUGGGAUGCUUUGAACACUUGUUGACUAUCGAGUGUUGCUAGUGCUGAUAGCUGUUGCUGUGUCUGCACCUUUGCAGAGAGUGUAUCUAUUUGGACUGCAGAAACAGGACUUUGUUAGGACUCCUCUUUCAGCAGAAGUUCCCAAGAACUCCUGGUUCAAAGCGCACAAUGGGGAAAACCAGCUUCCCAUCCUGUCCAUGCCAUUAUCCAGCUGGGAAGCUGUGUCUUCAUCAUGCAGCAUAUCAGCAGGUACUUCCUGUUCCACUUUGGUUUUCAAUGCUACCUGGUUUGUAUAUCAAUAAAGAG